AUGGGGAUUCGCCCCAUUCGAGUCCUGUGGAACCGGCCGGACGCGCCGGCUCCUGCCGAACUGGCAGCAACAGCUGAGGAUGAAGAAGAGGAGGAGCCCCCAAAAUUAAAACGCGGCCCUUGGUCUGCCGAGGAAGAUCAGAGGCUUCUAGAGCUGGUGCAGCAAAACCGCAGCUUGCGCUGGGUCAAAAUCGCAAAGCUCUUGGGGACCCGAACUUCAAAACAGUGUCGUGAACGUUAUCAUCAAAACCUUAAACCAAGCCUGAACCACCGUCCUAUCACUGAAGAGGAGGGCAAAGAGAUUACCCGACUGGUAGGCAUUUACGGAAAGCGGUGGGCAGCUAUUGCGCGUCAUUUACAGGGCCGCUCAGACAAUACUAUCAAGAACUGGUGGAACGCAGGAGCGAAUCGGCGGCGACUUGAACUCAAUUCUCAGUUGGCAGCUCCUCCCGGGAAUGGUGAAGCUAGGAGCGCCGACCAAUCCUCCAUUCCAAAUAAUAACGACCAGCAGCCGCAGCCGCAGCCGCAGCCACAGCAGCCGCAACAGCAGCAUCAACCACAGCUACCGCAGCAGCAGCAGCAGUAUUUACAGCCUCACGCUCCUGCUGUUCCUUCGUUGUACCCUAUGCAAAUGAACUACGGAUACACAAACCCAGGAUAUCAGUAUUAUCAAGUCCCUGGCCAACAUGCUUCUACGGGAUUUGUACCUGGAAGUCAAUUUUAUCAAGUGUCUCAGCAACAACCCCAGCAACAACAAUACAUGGUGGCAGCUGGACAGUAUUUUAAUCCCGAGAACGUGGCUCGCCAGCAGGCGGGAGCUGGCCCUAUUUAUAUGACAAUGCCUGGGUACUCUUCGCAAUUAAUGAUGCCAAUGCAGCCCCAGGCGGCUCAAGUACAAAUGCCAGCAGGAAUGCUGAGCCAAAGCCAGGCCCAAGUUGGCACCUCACCUGCCGCCGUGCCCCCGUUGACCAAGCUUGCUCACACGCCUCAACCAGCCCAGGCACAAGUACAGCCCCCUGGGCAACCUCAGGCAUCUCAGUCUGAACUGAGUCCGGGAUCCCAGGUGGUUCAGACCUCCCCAGUGAGGCGAAUAUCUGACGCCCUCAGCCCUACUCAAGUCCCGCCCGAACAGAGGGCCCUUGAAAGCGCACUCGGAAGCGAUGCGCAGCAAAAGCAGCCUUUCGGAUCGCUUUUCAAAGCCAGCUAUGCCGAAUCUGCACAAGAGACUGACCCUCAGCAUCAUUCGCCAGCCGUGACAGUGACAAAACCUGCUCAGAUUCUUCCGGGCCCAAUGUCGUUGAUGGGCACCUCACACGCGAUGAGACACCGCUUGUCCGUGGACCACUCGCCCUAUCGCCGCAACAGCCUGGAAGAGCUCUCUAGGAGAUCGUUUGAGUUAUCAUCACGGCCAUCCACCCCGGACUCGCGACGCUCGAGCGUGCUCCACUCGUCCGAGUUCCAGCGGAAGCCUAGCACCAGCUGGGCGCCUCCCGACUCGUCCAGACGUCACUCAGCAGUACCGGAAAUGCGCCAAGCUUCGCCGCGCAGUAGCUCGGCCCUGCCUGCUGCAGACCAUCUGGACACUCCGCCUCCGCCUGCUGGCUCGGGCAAGGCGCCGUUACUUGCUCCGCCUUUCAGCAGCGGCCCACCAGACCCGUCGGAUCGCUCCCGCAGAGUGUCAAUCGCAAACUUAAUGUCCGACUAG